AUGGCGACCGAACCCUCAAAAGUUGAGCGGGCCGAACUGGCCGAGAAUUUGCGAACAUUGGCUUUUGUUGGCACCACAUUGUCAACUGUAGCUUUGUUGAUGGCUAUUGUCAGUGUGCCGAUGGCGUACAACUAUGUACAAUAUUAUCACACGAUGAUGAUUGAAGAGAUCGAUUUUUGCAAAUUCCGUUCAGCUAACAUUUGGAAAGAGGUUGUGAGAACUGAAGUAAAAUUUUAAAUUCUUUUCAAGUAGCUAUUAUAUUGUUAAGUUAACUUAUAUAUACGUUUUUAGAUCAUGAUAUGCAACUGACUAACUGUGUGUUUUAGGAUUUAAAAAGUUCAUUAAAUGUUUAAUUUUAGUAACAAAUAACUUUUAGUCCUUUGCCAUGUUUGUUCCUCGUCAAACUAGAUCUGCAAAAGGUCGUGUAACUCCCAACCACCGCGUUAUGAACCGACAAGCGCACAUGGGACCGCACCGCAGACGGCAAGCCGGUUACGGAGGUGGUGCUGCCGCUUCAGGCGGUGGCGGAGCAGCUCCUGGAUAUGGCGGAGGCUCAAGCAGUGGCGGAGCUGGUGGCUAUGGAGGAGGCAAAAAGAGCGGAAGCCGUGGUGGCGGCGGAGGCGGUGGCUACGGAGGAGGAUCCAGCAGCAGCAGCUCAGGUGGGUACGGUGGUCAAGUUGCAGCUCCAGCCCCAAGCUCAGGAGGAGGAUGCUGUGGUUGCGGCGUGUCACCACCAGGACCACCCGGCCCACCAGGACCAGACGGAGGUCCCGGACAAGAUGGAGGCCCAGGACCAGCUGGAAACCCCGGCCCAGACGGACCACCACCCCCACCACCAGCUCAAGAUUAUGGAGAGCCAUGCUUCGACUGUCCACCAGGUCCAGCCGGUCCACCAGGAAUUAUUGGUCAGCCCGGUACUCCAGGUAUGCCAGGUAACCCUGGCGAAGCCUUCUACGGUGACGUAUUGGGAACUCCAGGUCCACCAGGACCUCCAGGACCCCCUGGUGGCCCAGGAAACGACGGAGGACCAGGUCAACCAGGACCACCAGGACAAUUGCAUGAUGGACCAGCCGUUACAGGACCACCUGGUCCACCGGGUCCACCAGGACAAGCCGGACCUCCAGGACCACCCGGAGACACUGGACCAGCCGAGAACUACUCCAGCGGACAACCCGGUCCACCAGGAGAUGCUGGACCAGACGGACCACCAGGUCAACCAGGACAACCCGGAUCUCCAGGACAAGCCGGCACUUCGGGACCACAAGGAAGUUGCGACCACUGCCCCAACCCAAGAACCCCACCAGGCUACUAG